CCCUCUCCCGCUACACUACUAGGCUGGAGUCCCCGGCAGCACGGCGCACAACACAACACACUGACAGCUGCGACCGACUCACAACCAAGGGGGGAAAGAUGGAGCACAGAGGGGCCGACUUCAACAUAAUGCUAGCGACUGAUUCAUACAAGGUAACACAUUACAAACAGUACCCCCCCAACACAAGUAAAGUGUACUCCUACUUCGAGUGCCGCGAGAAGAGGACAGAUCCCACCAAGAGCAGAAAAGUCAAAUAUGACAAGACCGUCUUCUACGGCCUACAGUACAUCCUCUACAAAUACCUAAAAGGAAAGGUAGUGACUCCAGAGAAGAUCCAGGAGGCGAAGGAGGUAUACAGAGAGCACUUCCAGGAUGAUGUUUUCAACGAGACGGGAUGGACUUACAUUUUGGAGAAAUACAAUGGUCACCUACCUAUUGAAAUCAAGGCGGUGCCGGAGGGGAGUGUCAUUCCUCGGGGUAAUGUUUUGUUCACGGUGGAGAGCACAGACCCUGAAUGCUACUGGCUCACCAACUGGGUGGAGACCAUUCUGGUUCAGAUCUGGUACCCCAUCACUGUGGCAACCAACUCCAGAGAGCAGAAGAAGAUCCUCGCCAAGUACCUCCUGCAGACUUCUGGGAACUUGGAGGGGCUGGAGUAUAAACUGCAUGACUUUGGCUACAGAGGCGUCUCCUCACAAGAGACUGCAGGCAUCGGGGCGUCCGCCCAUCUGGUCAACUUCAAGGGCACAGACACGGUCGCCGGCAUCGGAGUCAUUAAGAAGUACUACGGAACCAAGGACCCUGUGCCAGGCUUCUCAGUGCCUGCUGCAGAGCACAGUACCAUCACGGCGUGGGGGAAGGACCAUGAAAAAGAUGCCUUUGAGCACAUUGUCAAGCAGUUUCCCAGCGUGCCCGUAUCCAUAGUCAGCGACAGCUACGACAUCUACAACGCCUGUGAGAAGAUCUGGGGAGAAGACCUGCGGGGGCUGAUAGAGAAACGCAGCGCGGAUGCCCCGCUGGUUGUCCGACCGGACUCCGGAAACCCUCUCGAUACGGUUUUGAAGGUUUUGGAGAUCCUGGGUAAGAAGUUUAUUCCAGUGGAGAACUCUAAGGGUUUUAAAGUUCUGCCUCCUUACAUCAGAGUCAUACAAGGAGACGGAGUUGAUAUCAACACGCUGCAAGAGAUAGUGGAGGGCAUGAAGGAACACAGGUGGUCCAUUGAGAACAUUGCCUUCGGGUCCGGGGGGGCUCUGCUGCAGAAACUGACCAGAGAUCUGCUCAACUGCUCCUUCAAAUGCAGCUACGUGGUUACUAAUGGACUCGGGGUGAACGUGUUCAAGGACCCGGUGGCAGACCCCAACAAGAGGUCAAAGAAAGGUCGCCUGUCUCUGCACCGGACACAGAGCGGAGACUUUGUCACCCUGGAGGAGGGCAAGGGCGACCUGGAGGAGUAUGGCGUGGACCUGCUGCACACAGUCUUUCAGAACGGCAAGAUUGUGAAGACGUACACAUUUGAUGAAGUCAGAGACAAUGCUAAGCUCAAAGAGAGUGAGCUUGAAGAGCUGCUGCACUGAACGCAGCACUACUGAACCCCCUCCCACCACUCUCCACCCUAACCCCCAAAACAACCCCUCCACCCCUUAACCCUUCACCUUUUGGCCUCACCUCAAAAAAUGGAGGUAGCGUGCACUGCUAAUAGAUCCCACCCCCAAAGCCUGAGAACCCCCCGAAACAUUUCUAAAAACCUGAAAACUCCCUUAAAAUUCACAGAAAUUCACCCUCAAAAACGUUCCAAAACUCUGUUGUUGGCUCUUAAACGGAGUAAAUAAUUUGCAAACAGCCACACCUCCGACAAACAGCGACCACCCCACGAGGGAGGCGGGAGAAAAUGAAGAAAAUAAGCGAGAGGUGCAGUAAGCAACCAGAAUUGGGAUUAUGACGACAAACCGUGCGUUCACUUCAUGCGCUACUUCCCCAAAUUGAAGCAUUGCACUGAUAGGCUUGACAUGUUGCAACAAAAGAAUGUGAUUGGCUGCUGGCAGGCUAACGUGUCUGCAGGCUUUUCCAUCUGCAAAUCAGAUGGUUGUCGGUUUUUUAAUAAGCUCCUUGCAGCUGCAUGCAUAGUGAACGCCGCAGUGAGUCAAAGUGAGGAAGAUGAUGACAAAGAAAUAAGAAGCCACACCCACACCAAUGACCGUGCCCCGUGUAUUGUGUACAGAGAUGUUCAGAAAAAAAAAUUAAUGUCUGAAUCUACUUAGCUUUGUCUUUUACGUGAAGGAAGAAAACGAUGAUUAUGGUAUAUAACGGUGCACCGAUAACAUUAACUGAUAACAUCUAAUAUCUUGCUUCUACUUGGAAACUGAGAAGCUCAUCAACACUUUGACUGUAAUUAGGGGUGAUGAAGGAUUUCAUUUCUCCCAGUUUUCUUGCUUUUAAUCAGUAGUUAUGGCCCAUAUCAUAAAAGGCCAGCAUAUAUCAAGUACUACCUGAAUAUUUUGUACUCUUACUCCGCCAAAUAAAAUGUUGUUGGUGCAUCUCUGAAGGUAUAUAAAUGAUCAUCUACUUGCCAUUAUGUUGCCCACAGAGCGCUCGCAUCACGAAGGCCCGAUCCGCAGUCCGAUCCAGCAAAUCACAAACUCUGCUCCCCAUCUCAAUGUGAUGUUUUGGGGUUUUUCCUUUUAAAUUUCAGAUACAAAUAAUAAAUGAGAAGAUUAUAAAAAGCUGGUUUUCCAUCCAUAAUUUACGUGUUGUCAAACUCCCGAAGAGGCCACAGAACUUUAAAAGACAGAAAAGUCAGGAACUAAGAUUAGAUUUCAGUCAAAGGUUUCGGAUCGGGUCUUCAUGAUGGGCCAGCGCUCUCGAAACCAGUCUUUGCUGUAUAAGACCAAGAGUUGGUGUAAAAAAGAAAAAAAAAAUCACAGAAAUUGUCUUCACUGGAAUGAAGAUGAUCUAAUUAUGUGUUUAUGAAAGAUCGCAUAUCUGGCUCCUGGGCAGAAGUGUAUGCUAAAUGUUGGCGUGUGUGUGCUUGGAUCUGUUUGUGUGUGUGUGUGCGUGUGCAUGUGUACUGAUGUUUUCUUCCUCUAAAGGAUUGUGUGGUAUUCCUUUAUGCAAACGUACUUGUUGAUCGGGGAAAUAGAGAACACUCUCCCUUUUACUUUGCCGGCCUUUUGUUCUGAAAGGAGACGCAGGGUUGUGACUAACAGCAGCGGGUGUGCUUUUUUGCCAAUGCGAAAGCAACCGAGAGGCAGAUCGGGAUCAGAAAUAACUUUCUGACAGCACCGGCCAUGCUUCGGCACCUACCGGUGCACAGUUCAGCAAAACAUUGCCCUUGGUAUCACUGCCUUAACUCGUGAAAAGCAGGGAAACGUCAGCAGCAGUGUAAACGUGCCCAGCGGUGGCACGUUGUAUUCUAGUUCGGAGCCAUUGCCCAGGUAUAAAUGGGAACUUGCUGAUGAAGACUUUUGGAGUUAAUUAUCUUCCCAUUCAGAGCACCUCGGUGGAGUGUCACUCCUGUUUGCAGGCGUGUUUAGUCACAUUGCUGAGUCGGCCCUUUCAGUGAAGGGAUUUUUCCUGUCGUAGAGCUAGAGGCUAUUGAAGAGGAGCUAAGAGCUGGUGACAUCACAGGAAACUUUUUUUUUUUAAGGCCAGAGGCUAAAUAUUUUAGUAGAAAUGUUCAGGCUGUACGGUCGGCACCAUGUUUGCUCCUUGCUAAGUUUUGACAAUAUAACACAACAUUAGUGAACAUCAGGGAAAUGUCGGUCUAGACUGAAAUAUCUAUAAAUAGACAUUCAUGGUCCCCAGAUGGUGAAUCCCACUGACUUUGUUGAUCCUUUUUCAUCCAGCGUCAUCAUCAGGUCUAAAUUUUAAUGCGCCUAAUACUUAAGUUUGUGUCAGAAUACAAGCUUAAACCACAUUUUGUGUUUUCUGUGUGCUAAUUAGCGAAUGUUAGCAUGCUAACACGCCAAAGUAAAGGUGGUGAGCAUGGUAAACGUUAUACCUUGGGGAAUUCAGCAUGUUAGCAUUGUCAGCGCGAGCAUGCUGACAUUAGCAUUGGGCCCACAGAGCUGAGACCUUGUGAUGACCCUGUGAUGUCACCGACUCCCAUCUCCCGCUUCUGGCUCAGGCCAACCCGAUCGAACACGGACAAGCUGGUGAACAACACAGCCAGUCACUUGCUGAAACAACGUCAUUUUCUUUAUUUCCCUUCUGUUUUUGCACCUGUCACUACUGUUACCUGUCAGAUCAUUUGUUAUCCAGUUGUUCUGGAGGAACGACACAGUUGUCCUUUUUCCAAUUCCGGGGUGCAUUUUAGUAAAACUUUUAUUUUACUAUUUUGAUACUGUCUCGGUUCUUACCUCAGAGAAAUAUUAUUUUGUAUGACAAAGGAGAAAAAAAUGCCAGAAAUAUUGCAGUAAAUAUUCCUUAUUUACAAUGCGGCCAUACUGCCUUCUCACUUGUACAUACAACAACUAGCUUGACUGAAAGCAGCGAGGGCAGGUUCAGGAGACGACCACAGUAGAUAAUAUUAUUAUUAUUUUUGUCAGAACGACCGUUUUUGUACCAACAGAAGAAUUAUCCAAAACGGCAGUGUGACUGUUUUGUUUUUUUGUUUUUUUUUGUCACUGUCAAGCUUUUAGCAUGGUUUGUGUGGGGGUGUGUGUGUGUGUGUGUGUGCGCGUGCACACAUGUGGGUGCGUUGAGUCCUGCGUGAAUGCCUCAUGUGUUUGGAUGAGAAAGUGUUUGUGAAUACUUUUUUUUCUUUAUGUUGUUGUUGUUUUACUUGUAUGUAUAUGUUGGUUUUUCCCAAAUUCUCUCCCAACACAACUGAUAUUUUAACAUAACUUGCUAUAUUGUCAACAAUACAUUGAUUAAAGAUGCCACCCUGUCAGUUUGAAA